UGCAGUUGGGCCAACUAGAAGUAUGGCAAUACUUUUAUCGCGCAGUACGAAGCGGCUUUUUAGUUCUGUUGCUGAGGAUUUUUAUAAACUAAGUGCACUCGCUUUGAACGGCAAAGAAGUAGAUUUCUCGAAGUACAAAGAUAAAGUAGUUUUGAUCGAAAAUACUGCAUCUUUAUGAGGUACAACCAUCAGGGAUUACACCCAGAUGAACCAGCUUCUGGAAAAAUACCAUUCCAAAGGCCUCUGUGUUCUGGGAUUUCCCUGCAACCAGUUUGGGCAUCAAGAGAAUUGCAAGAAUGGGGAAAUUCUUGAUCUGCUAAAACAUGUCCGACCUGGUAAUGGCUUUGAACCAACAAUUGAAAUGUUCUCUAAAAUCAACGUCAAUGGUGAAGACAGCCAUCCAGUGUUCCAGUUUUUAAAGUCUAACCUGCCAAUGCCUUUUGAUGAAGAGCCAGAUGGCUUGUUCAGUGCCAAUCCUGCUGGCAUUCAAUGGAAACCUUUAUUAAGAAGUGAUGUAAGAUGGAAUUUUGAGAAGUUCUUGGUGGACAAAAAUGGUGUGCCCUAUCGUCGUUAUGGAAAAACAUUCCCCACAAUUGAUUUAGCGAACGACAUUGAAAAACUUCUAAGUCAAUAAUUGAAAAAAAUAUAUUAGUUAUAUCUUAUUGAAGUGUAAAUAGCAAAUUAUUUGAUUAAUGAUAAAACUUUUAGAAACUCUGUGUAAGAGUAGAAAGUUUUGGAAGUUCAAUUUCAAAUAUUAUGUGAAAAUCAUUCAAUAAUAA